UCCUGUUAAAGCAGCGACAGGGACGCGGCCGCUUCUGUCGACCAAAACUCGCUGGAAAAUAAAUUAUCCCGCCGCUCUUCUGGAUACAAACAAAUUCGGCUGUAAAGAGUCCCGCCGGACCGCAGAGAGGCUCCCGGACCGAUGAAUCCGGUCGCAGUGAUUGAUCCGGAUCGAACCGUGCGUUUGGACGCGUAAACGUGAGUGCGUGAUCCGUUCGGACUCGCGCACAGUCACAGGUUGCUAGCGGAGUUUACGCUAACCGAGGCUAGCAGAGUUAGCAGGCAGCGAGACAUAAGAGCCGCUUCUCCCUGUUUCUGGGACUGCUACCCACCGGGGUUAACCGUAGAAACCCGGUCAGACUUUCCCGGAGAGAUUGCUGGAGGCUCUGGCCAUGAUGUGUUGUUGUUCCGGGCGUUUAUCCAGCUGGCCGCCCGGUAGCGUCGGAUGAGUGCAGCGCAACGGCAGAGUUGGUGUUUUUUCCUCCGUUUGUUUAAAAGCUGGACUUUAGCUCCUGAGUUGCAGUCGUCUCUGCUGGAUGAAAACCAGCUAUUGACUCUAUUCGAGCGGGAUAAAAAACACUUUUUCUGUUUGCUUGCUUUUACUGGAAAAGGUAAAAGAAAAGUUUAGUGUUUGGAGGAUUUUUCCGAAGCGUGUGGAAAAAUGGAUGCGGGUAUAGAGAAGGAAUGCAGCGCCUUGGGAGGGCUUUUCCAGCUCAUCAUGAGCGACAUGAAGGCCAGCUAUCCCACCUGGGAGGAUUUCGUCUCCAAAGGAGCCAAGCUGCAGGCCCACCUCAGGACGACCCUCCUGCUGACCGGAGCCUUCCUGGACGCCUUCCAGAAAGUGGCGGACAUGGCGACCGGGACCAGAGGUGCCACCAAGGAGAUCGGCUCAGCGCUCACCAGGAUGUGCAUGAGGCACCGCAGCAUCGAAUCCAAGCUCAAACUGUUCACCAUAGCGCUGUCAGAAAGUCUCAUCGUACCUCUGGAGUUAAAGAUGGAGGAGUGGAAAAAAGCAGCGAGCCAGCUGGACAAAGACCACGCCAAAGAGUACAAGAAGGCCAGAGCCGACAUCAAGAAGAAGUCCUCAGACACCAUCAAGCUGCAGAAGAAAGUGAAGAAAGGGAAGGGCGACGCUCGCGGCCAGCUGGACUGCGCCCUGCAGGACGUCAACACGCGCUACGCCGCGCUGGAGGAGACGGAGAAACGGGCCGUGUGCCGCGCCUUGGUGGAAGAACGAUCUCGCUACUGCAGCUUCAUCAGCAUGUUGAAGCCGGUCCUGGACCAUGAGAUCAACAUGCUGGGCGAAGUGACCCACCUGCAGACCAUCCUGGAGGACCUGGGCGUUCUGACGGCUGAACCCACCAAGCUGCCGGCCGCCAGCGAACAGGUAAUUUUGGAUCUGAAAGGUUCGGACUUUAACUAUACCUACCAGACCCCCCCCGGUUCCCCUGGCAACAUGUCCAGGAAGAGCAGCAUCAGCAGUUACCAGUCGGGGUCGGUGAGGCACGUUCCCUCGUUGGACUCCAUCAGCUGCGCUGUGGAUGGCGUUCACCUGCAGCCUGCCACCCCUUACCUGCUGUACGGCUGUAAUGAAGGUGGGCGGUCCCUCAGCGAGGGCAACUCCCCCUCCCGCCUCAGUCACCAUGGCAACCUCAUCCCUGUCGCCAGCUACAGGCGGCGUGGCGCUCAGAGCCACCGGGUUAGCCGCCGGGACAUGAGCGCUGAAGCAGUGGUUGCCACCCAGCCACCUGCAGGAGGCGCAGAGAACGGCCUGCUGGCCCCCCCCCACGGCGGCUACAUCCAGCAGCACGGCGAGCGAGCCAGAGCCAUGUCAGCGUCUGGGAAGUCGUGCUCGGCGCGGGAUCAGCUGGCGCUGACGUUGGGUGCGUUGAAUUCGGACGCCCCGAGGAGCAGCAGGGACUCUCUGCACUGUUCGAGCGGCUACAGCACCCAGACCACCACGCCGUCCUGCUCCGAGGACACCAUCCACACGCACACCGACUACGAGUCAAUCUCUCUCCACGGUGACGCUGACUCCGCCCCCUUCCACCAGCUGUGCGGCAGCCGCUCCGACCUGGACAAGUCCUCCACCCUCCCCAGGAACUCGGACCUGCGCUUCCAGUUCAGGGACUUUGCACAGUCCAGGCGGCCGACCUCCACCGUCAGCCUGCUGGUCGACGGCGAGUCGAGCGGCGGCGGCCAUCAGCACGCCUCCCACACCGCCACCAUCCGCCGCAAGCCGUCCACCAAGCCGGCGUACCGCCGCGGCACCAUCAGCGGCGGCGUGCCCAUCCCCAUCAGCACGCCGCAGGUCCCUCUCAAGGCCGGCGACGACGGCGUGUUCAAGGUGCCCCCCGCUGGCGGCUUGGGGCACAGCAAGAUGUGCACCUCCACCCAGAGCCUCGUCUCCCUGCCUUCCUCCUCCUCCUCCUCUUCCUCACCGUACUAUCAGCUCGUCCCGGGUCACAUGCCCGUCCCCGCCGUGCCGCCGCUGCCACCAGGGGGCGGCAGCAUCAGGCAGCAGCAGCAUAGGCUGCAGCUGCAGCAGCAACAGCUGCAGCAACAGAACCAGCAACAACAGUUUCAGCAACAAAAUCAGCUGCAGCAACAGAACCAGCAACAACAGUUUCAGCAACAAAAUCAGCUGCAGCAACAACAGCUGCAGCAACAGAACCAGCAGCAACAAAAUCAGCUGCAGCAACAGAACCAGCAACAACAGUUUCAGCAACAAAAUCAGCUGCAGCAACAGAACCAGCAACAACAGUUUCAGCAACAAAAUCAGCUGCAGCAACAGAACCAGCAACAACAGUUUCAGCAACAAAAUCAGCUGCAGCAACAGCUGCAGCAACAACAGAACCAGCAGCAACAGUUUCAGCAACAUGCACAGCUGCAGCAACAGAGCCAACAGCUGCAGUUGCAGCUUCAAAACCUGCAUCUCCACAAUCAGCCACUGCAGCAGCUGCAGCAUCUGCAGCAGUACAGCCCAGCUGCAGCAGCCCCGCCGCCCGUCUCCAACCAGCCGGAUGCUGCAGGCGCCGACAUGCUGACGCUCAUCAGGAAGGUGAAGCUGAAAAGAACUCUGACCAACGACCGCUCGGCCCCCAUGCUGCCGCCGCCGCCGCCGCCGGGUCACUGAGGCUGCAGCAGCAUCAUGCAGCAUCAUGCAGCGACGGCUCCUCUUCCUCUGACGGAGGUCCUUGUACGCAUUCUGACCUGCAGCUCGGUUCAGACUCCCGUUUCCAUAGUUACUGCAAAAC